GAGCGAGCGAGGGAGGCAGCGAAGCGCGGGGGCCAUGGGCUGGGGGAUCCGCUGCUGCUGCCCGGGACGGCUAGACCUGCUGUGCGUGCUGGCGCUGCUCGGGGCAUGCCUGCUCCCCGUGUGCCGGACGCGCGUCUACACCAACCACUGGGCAGUCAAAAUCGCCGGCGGCUUCCCAGAGGCCAACCGCAUCGCUAGCAAGUACGGCUUCAUCAACAUAGGACAGAUCGGGGCCCUGAAGGACUACUACCACUUCUACCAUAGCAGGACGAUUAAAAGGUCAGUUCUCUCAAGCAGAGGAACCCACAGUUUCAUUUCAAUGGAACCAAAGGUGGAAUGGAUCCAACAGCAAGUGGUGAAAAAACGGACCAAGAGAGAUUAUGACUUCAGUCGUGCCCAGUCUACUUAUUUCAAUGAUCCCAAGUGGCCAAGCAUGUGGUAUAUGCACUGCAGUGACAACACACAUCCCUGCCAAUCAGACAUGAAUAUUGAAGGAGCCUGGAAGAGAGGUUACACGGGAAAGAACAUUGUGGUCACCAUCCUGGACGAUGGCAUUGAGAGAACCCAUCCAGAUCUGAUGCAAAACUAUGAUGCUCUGGCCAGUUGUGACGUGAAUGGGAAUGACUUGGACCCAAUGCCUCGUUACGAUGCAAGCAACGAGAACAAGCAUGGGACCCGCUGUGCUGGAGAAGUGGCAGCCGCAGCAAACAACUCUCACUGCACAGUCGGAAUUGCUUUCAACGCCAAGAUUGGAGGAGUUCGAAUGCUGGAUGGAGACGUCACAGACAUGGUCGAAGCAAAAUCAGUUAGCUUCAACCCUCAGCAUGUGCACAUCUACAGUGCGAGCUGGGGCCCAGAUGAUGACGGCAAGACUGUGGAUGGACCAGCUCCACUCACUCGGCAAGCCUUUGAAAAUGGCGUCAGAAUGGGGAGACGAGGUCUCGGCUCUGUUUUUGUCUGGGCAUCAGGAAAUGGCGGAAGGAGCAAAGACCACUGCUCCUGUGACGGCUACACCAACAGCAUCUACACCAUCUCCAUCAGCAGCACAGCCGAGAGUGGAAAGAAGCCUUGGUACCUGGAAGAGUGUUCUUCCACACUGGCCACAACCUACAGCAGCGGAGAGUCCUACGAUAAGAAAAUAAUCACUACGGAUCUGAGGCAGCGUUGCACGGACAACCACACUGGGACGUCAGCCUCAGCCCCCAUGGCUGCGGGCAUCAUUGCACUGGCCCUGGAAGCCAAUCCGUUUCUGACCUGGAGAGACGUGCAGCAUGUUAUUGUCAGGACUUCCCGUGCAGGACAUUUGAACGCUAAUGACUGGAAAACCAAUGCUGCUGGUUUUAAGGUGAGCCAUCUCUAUGGAUUCGGACUGAUGGAUGCAGAAGCCAUGGUGAUGGAGGCGGAGAAGUGGACCACUGUUCCCCAGCAGCACGUGUGUGUGGAGAGCACAGACCGACAAAUCAAGACAAUUCGCCCCAACAGUGCAGUGCGCUCCAUCUACAAAGCUUCGGGCUGCUCUGAUAACCCCAACCACCAUGUCAACUACCUGGAACAUGUAGUUGUGCGCAUAACCAUCACCCACCCCAGGAGGGGAGACCUGGCCAUCUACCUGACCUCGCCCUCAGGAACCAGGUCCCAGCUUUUGGCCAACAGGCUUUUUGAUCAUUCCAUGGAAGGAUUUAAAAACUGGGAGUUCAUGACCAUUCAUUGCUGGGGAGAACGAGCUGCUGGUGACUGGAUCCUUGAAGUCUAUGACACUCCCUCUCAGCUGAGGAACUUCAAGACUCCAGGUAAAUUGAAAGAAUGGUCUUUGGUACUCUACGGCACCUCUGUGCAGCCAUACUCACCAACCAACGAGUUUCCUAAAGUGGAGCGUGUCCGUUAUAGCCGAGUGGAGGACCCUACCGAUGACUAUGGCACAGAGGAUUAUGCAGGUCCCUGUGACCCUGAGUGCAGUGAGGUCGGCUGUGACGGGCCAGGACCGGACCACUGCAAUGACUGUCUGCACUACUACUACAAGCUGAAAAACAACACCAGAAUCUGUGUCUCCAGCUGCCCCCCUGGCCACUACCACGCCGACAAGAAGCGAUGCAGAAAGUGUGCUCCCAACUGCGAGGCCUGCUUUGGCAGCCAUGGUGACCAGUGCCUGUCCUGUAAACAUGGAUACUUCCUGAAUGAAGAAACCAACAGCUGUGUUACUCACUGCCCUGACGGAUCAUAUCAGGACACCAAGAAAAAUCUUUGCCGGAAAUGUAGUGAAAACUGCAAGACUUGUACUGAAUCCCACAACUGUACAGAAUGUAGGGAUGGGUUAAGCCUGCAGGGAUCCCGGUGUUCCAUCGCCUGUGAGGACGGACAAUACUUCAAUGGCCAGGACUGUCAGCCCUGCCACCGCUUCUGUGCCACUUGUGCUGGGGCAGGUGCUGAUGGGUGCAUUAACUGCACAGAGGGCUACUUCAUGGAGGAUGGAAGAUGUGUGCAGAGCUGUAGUAUCAGCUAUUACUUUGACCACUCUUCAGAGCAUGGAUAUAAAUCCUGCAAAAAAUGUGACACCAGCUGUUUAACGUGCAAUGGUCCAGGGUUCAAAAACUGUACAAGCUGCCCCAGUGGGUAUCUCCUAGACUUAGGAAUGUGUCAGAUGGGAGCCAUCUGCAAGGAUGGAGAAUACUUUGAUGAGCAUGGACGCUGCCAGAUCUGUGAAGCCUCGUGUGCCAAGUGCUGGGGGCCAAGUCAGGAAAACUGCACUGGCUGCCCUGACACAAGGGUUUUUGAUGAUGGCCGCUGCGUUUUGAACUGUCCCUCAGGCAAAUUUGAAUUUAUGAACCAAUGCCAUCUCUGCCACUACACCUGCCAAGAAUGCCAAGGAAAUGAGCCUUCCAGCUGUACCUCCUGUGGAGUCGAUAAAUACGGCCGGGAACGCUUCUUGUACCAGGGGGAGUGUCGAGAGAGCUGCCCAGUGGGGCACUACCCUGCUGAGGGACACACCUGCCAGCACUGCCCAGAAAACUGUGAGCUUUGCCACAGCGCACACAUCUGCACACGAUGUAUCAAUGGCUACUUCAUAGUACCCACCAACCACACCUGCCAGAAGUUAGAGUGUGGACAAGAUGAAGUUCAAGACCCAGACUAUGAAGAAUGCAUACCUUGUGAAGAAGGAUGUCUGGGAUGCAGCUUGGAUGAUCCAGGAACCUGCACAUCAUGCGCUACAGGGUAUUACAUGUUUGAACACCGCUGUUAUAAACUCUGUCCUGAGAAGACCUACACUGAAGAAUUUGAAUGCAAAGCGUGUGAUACCAACUGUGGCAACUGUGACCAGAAUGAGUGCUACUGGUGUGAGGAGGGCUUCUUUCUCUUGGGCGGCAGUUGUGUGAGGAAAUGUGGCCCUGGCUUCUACGGCGACGCAGAGAUGGGUGAAUGUGAGCCCUGCCACCGAUCCUGUGAAACCUGCACCGGCCUUGGCUACAACAAGUGCAGCAGCUGCCGAGGGGGACUGCAGCUGCUGCAUGGGACGUGUGUGGGUCCCACCAAGACCCAGAUGGAAGGCAACUUCUGGAAUGAGCCUGUGCCCACUUCAAGCCCAUCUUUGGUGAAGAGCGUGCUGCAGGAGCGACGAAGGUGGAAGUUUCAAAUCAAAAGAGACAUUUUAAGAGAAUACCAGCCUUGUCAUUCUUCUUGUAAAACCUGCAAUGGAUCUGCAACCCUGUGUUCUUCAUGUCCGAAAGGCUCAUAUCUGUUGGCUCAGGCCUGCGUCUCUGCCUGUCCCCAAGGCAUGUGGCCCUCAGUGAGGAGUGGCAGCUGUGAGAACUGUACAGAGGAUUGUGCCUCUUGCUCAGGAGCCAAUCUUUGCGAAAAGUGCCAGACUCAGGCAGAAUACCCUCUCUUCCUCCACGAAGGCAGGUGCUACACCAAGUGCCCUGAGGGCUUCUAUGCAGAAGAUGGCACAUGUGGACGCUGUAGCUCCCCUUGCAGAACAUGUAAUGGAAAUGCCACCAACUGCCACUCUUGUGAAGGAGGCCUUGUCCUGCACCAGGGAGUGUGCCAGGAAACAUGCUCCGAGAGGCACGUGGCCGUGGAGGGGGUGUGCAAGCAUUGCCCAGAGAUGUGUCAGGAGUGCAUCCAUGAGAAAACGUGCAAAGACUGUAUGCCUGGGUCCUUCCUAUAUGAGGAUACUUGCCAUCAGUCCUGUCCCCAACACUUCUAUGCAGACGAGCACCAGUGCGUUCCCUGCCAUGAAGACUGUCUGGAGUGCAGUGGCCCCUCAGCGGACGACUGUGACCUCUGUGCUGACUCAUCCUUGGUUCUCUAUGAUGGACAAUGUUUGAAUGAGUGUCCAGCAGGGACUUACUAUGAAAAAGAGACUAAAGAUUGCAAAGAUUGCCACAAGUCCUGCCAGUCCUGCUCAUCCUCUGGGACCUGCACGACCUGUCAGGAAGGCCUGAGAGUGAACAACCACGGGAAGUGUGUGCCUCACAAAGAAUGCGCCCCCUCCGAGUACUGGGAGGAGGGGGCUGUGGGAUGCAAGCCCUGUCACGCUAAGUGCUUCCGCUGCUCAGGACCCUCCGAGGACCAGUGUCUCACCUGCCAGAGGCACAGCCUCCUUCUCAACACAACCUGUGUGCAGGACUGCCCCGAGGGCUAUUAUGCUGAUGAGGACAGCCACCGGUGUGCCCCCUGCCACAGCUCUUGUAGGACAUGUGAAGGAAGACACAGCAUGCAGUGUCUCUCCUGCCCACCAGGCUGGUUCCAGCUGGGAAAGGAGUGCCUGCCCCAGUGCAGGGAAGGGUAUUAUGCAGAAAACUCCACUAGACGGUGUGAGAGGUGUAACAAGAGCUGCAAGGCGUGCCGGGGCCCGCAGCCCAGCGACUGCCUGUCUUGCGAUACAUUUUUCUUUCUGCUCCACUCCAAGGGAGAGUGUCAUCGCACCUGCCCAGAGCAUUACUUUGCAGACCACAGCACGCACACCUGUGAGAGAUGCCACCCAAUUUGCAAAGAAUGCAAAGGAAAAGGAGUAUUGCAAUGCUUAUCCUGUGUGUGGAAUUACCACCUAGUAGGAGGAAUCUGUGCCUUGGACUGUCUUGUGGGGGAAUACAGAGUGGGAGAGGGGGAGAAAUUUAACUGUGAAAAAUGCCACGAGAGCUGCAUAGAAUGCAAAGGACCUGGUACCAAGAACUGCACUGUGUGCCCUGCCAACCUGGUGCUGCACAUGGAUGACAGCCGCUGCCUUCAUUGUUGCAACACCUCAGAUCUCACUGAUACCCAGGAGUGCUGUGACUGCCAGGAUACUACAGAUGAGUGCGUCCUUCGAGCCAGUGAGAUAGAGUCUGCGCCCGGGCAUUCCAAGACAGCCUUGCUCAUCACCUCCUCUAUUGUGCUGGUACUUCUGCUCGGGGCAGCUGUGGUCAUCUGGAGGAAAUCGCGGGGCCAAGCCCCGCCAGCAGAUAAGGCUGGCUAUGAAAAGCUGGCUGACCCUAGCAAGUCUUACACCUCCUAUAAGAGCAGCCAUCACGAGAGCACCAACUUUGAAGAGGAUCAUGUGUUUGAGUACAGGGACCGCGAGGAUGAUGAGGAUGACGAUGACGAAGAUGACAUCGUCUACAUGGGCCAAGAUGGCACUGUCUACCGGAAAUUUAAGUAUGGGCUGCUAGAUGAUGAUGAUGAAGAUGAGCUGGAAUACGACGAUGAGAGCUACUCCUACCAGUGACAGAGGUCACCUCCACACCACUCCAUUCCACUCACAGGCAUGCAUGUGAGCAUUAGAAUGGUGGGUUUUAUUCUCACACACCAGGCUGAUGUAUGCGUGUUUGUAUUUUCUUCUUAACCGUGACACCAACUAGAGUAUGUAAGAAUGCUGAAGUAUAUUUUUCUUUCUUUGAGUGGCUAAACUUGAUUAACCAUAAUUGCUCCACCAUCACUGAGGAACAAGGAUGAAAUCCAGAGGGAUUUUCCCCCAAACAAUAUGGCAAGACACGAAACACAGGAAGUAAAAACAAGUCAGAUUUGUAUAACAUGUUUUACGUGAUUUUUGUUUUUUAAGGAAGUGGAGAACCAUUUGCAAUCUCGCUCCCCAGCAUAUGUCAUCAAUUUGGCUCAAACUAACUCUUAUAAAAACUAAAAAUAAAAAAGAAAAAGGGAAGCGGGUUUAUAAAAAUUCUGUUUCUUGGCUGUAUUGUGGAAAUAUGUACUGCACUGCCUUCUGGAAUUCUGAUAUUUCUGUAAACGAUUUUUGGGGAUGGGGCGAUGAAAGGGUUGUCUGUCUUAGAGGACUUCUCCCAUUAGCUCUCUUUAGGCAGAGAUUCGUUUUGUAAGAACCAACUAAAGAAGGUUCUCAUGCCAUUUAACAAUUGACUCCAGAUUACUCCUGGUGAGCAAAAGAGACCACCUCUGCUGACAAUGGUCACGACCUAUUUCGAGAUGAGGGAGAAAAAGGGAGGCAGCAUUCUAGCUGAGGAAUCAUGUGUUCAGUGGGCUCUGGUUCCUCUGCCUUAAUCCAGGGUCAUUAUAACUCUAGAAGCAGAACAAGCUCAGGCAGGAGAUAGCAGCAAUCCCAGCAGGAAAGAAAUCACGAAGUUUCCAAGAAUUGCAGCACUAUACCCUCAUGAUUUUAUAAGAAUGUUUCUAGUUGGAAACAUCAGCUAAGACAUCAAGUAGUAAAAACAAAAUCGCAGUAUUAACCUAAUAUGAAAUGACCAAACUACAUCCACUCUAAUAAAAGACUUUAGCUACUAAAGCAGAAAGCUUUCAUCAACAGCCUGUCACAGAACUGUGGAUUCUCCAUAGAAAAAUUUGGAAUUGAGUCUAACAUGCAGAAUCCCAACUUCCGGCUCACAAGCUUAAUCCAGCUGCUGACCAGCCUUCCAACAUUCUUUGUUCCUGUGAUUUUUGUUUCUAGACAUCCUAGACCUCCCUUUUUCCACUUUCCUGCCAAAUACAUGCUUGGAUUCAUGCACCUAGGGCAGUUUUUCUGCAGAUAAUACAGAGAGAGGGAUUCUUGCUGUGUGAAUUUUGCAGACUUCUUUGUCAAAACAGAAGUUUUUGACAGUACUAGGCAGUACUAGGAACAAACCACCAGAAAUUUUCAGAUGUUGAUGACAUUUUCAGGUGAUGAUGAUAAUUUUAAAAAAUUUAUUGCACACCUACCACAUACCAGGUACCGAGCUAAAUAAUUUCUUUUAGAAAAAUCAUGUAAUACCACCGUAACUUUAUGAGGUUGGUACCAUUAUUACUCUGUUUUCAUAGGAAACAUGAGGCUUACAAGAGGUUAAGUAACUAGCCCAAGGCUGACAGAAAGCCAAUCAAGAUUCAAGGAAAUAGAACAAUCCUAAAGCGCAUGUCCUUAAUAAUUAUGCUACACUGUCAUAAAGUGGGAAAAGAAGCAUCCUAAAUCUGAUAAAGGCAUGUCUGUUAUUUUAUGAAAUGGCAACUAUAUUACCUUCACUAAAUUUAUGCAUUUUCUUUUUUAAAAACAUGAUGUACCACUAACACAAAAAAUCUCUGUGAAGAAGUCUACAGUUUAUAGAAGGCCUCAUUGUUUCAUAGGGGAAAGCUCUUAAAGUAAAGGUUGGCAAACUCACUCUGGAAAAGGCCAGAUAGUAAAUACUUUAGGCUUUGCACAACUACUCAACUCUGCCAUUGUGGCAUGAAUGCGGCCAAUCCAUAAUGAAUGGGUGGGUUGUGCUCCAAUAAAACUUUAUUUACACUAAAAUUUGGAUAUAAAAUAAUUUUCACAUAUCAUAAAAUAGUAUGAUGCUGCUUUUGAUUUUUUUCUUAAAUCACGAAAAAUAUAAAAACCACCCUUAGCUCAAGGCAGUACAAAAAUCCCAACUUCCCGCUCACAAGCUUAAUCCAGCUGCUGGACCAUAUUUGGCCACCAGAUUAUAGUUUGCCAACCUCAUCUUAAAAAAAGAAAUUCUUAAGAGAUCACGUGCAUCAUACAUGCAUACGAUAUGCCUCCAAAAUUUUUUGAUUGUUUAAAAUCAUCUCUUCAAAAUCUUUUUGAACCUGAUAGUUCCAUUUGUAAUUCUUAGAAAUAAAUAAAAAUACAUGUAAGAUAGCCAUGAUACCAAUGGAAGAAUUUCUCCUCUCUUGCUGUGUAAUUACAGAGUGUAGCCUAUAGAAAUAAGCACUUUUGUUUAUACUGUGUUUUUCAUCUCCCCUGAUAAUUCUAAAGCUCUGAUAAACUGAGUUUGACAUUUCUUUGUGUAGCCUGGAAAUUGUUUUCCAAGAAAAAUAUUUGUUUAUGAUACACAGUUAAAGAUUAAAUGAGGUCAAGAUGACCUUGCAUACUAAGAAAAAUUGUAUUGUUGUUACUCUGUGUGAGCCUGAAAAGAAGGUUCAUGCUGUGUAUUGGUUCAGUUUGACAUCUUUCCUUCUUUCUUCUUAGUUAUACUACAUUAUUCUUAGACAUCUUUUGUAUUCUAUGGUAACAAUUAUCUAAAUAGAUAAAUAUGUGGUUGGGAAACAAAGUCACUUUUUGGUUUCCUGUCUGCAAAUAACUUGGAAGUAUUAAGAAUAUCCUUGUAGACUGGAACUGCACCAAGAGGCUGGCCAGGGGCUUGGUAGGUUCCAGUUCAUAGAAAGUAACUGUAAAGUUGGAAAUAAAACUAAAUCGAGACCAGAUCAUUCUACAGGGACUUGCUUAUGAACACACCAUUUCUGAGCACUUUCUAUACACUUAGUACAAUCAAGCACCAGUUUACAACGGGGA